UAUUUUCUUCUUUAAUUUUCAGCGGGAGGUAUCAGUUCACAAGAAAUCAUACUUCUUCACGAAAAUCUGAAGAAAGUGUUCAAUCACUUCAGUCAGUAUCAUCAGUCUCCUACAUUCAUUCACACACUUUAUCUGACGAUAUUAAGAGACAAUGCCUAUGACCACGAAGUUGUGAUACAGAAAAUCCUAGACGGAGACAGGGAAUUCAGGAAAUUAGGCUGGCCCCUCCAAACCUUAAAAAGUAUGACGCCUCCUUCUCCAAACAACGCAUACUGGUCAAACUUAGCUGCGUCCACCAGCCCAUCCUCAUCAUCUCCUCUCCUAGCCUCUUUUCAUCCCCAAUGUUACUCCUCAUACCUACCCCACUAUCCAUUCACCUAUUCACAGAACAGCUCGGCGGUCAUGAGUUCUCUACCAACUCACGGUAGCCAUCCUAGUUUAGAAGCUGCCACAUCAGCUACUUCUCCUUAUUUGCUGUUUCACACCGGUGUACCACCCUUCACGGCGUCGACGCCUUCAUCAGCCACCUCAAAUUCCAUCGUGCCCGAUAUUGUGGGAAGGGUUUACAGUCCGCCCAGUCGACAUCCUGCCGACGGACAUACUAGUGGUGACAGCAGGGGGUCAGCCGAAUAUAAAGAUGAGUCAGAUAAAGAAAGUGGCGGAUCUGCACCCCCAACGACCAUUAGAGACUCUUCAACUAUUGUGGAUAAGCACAGAAGGUCGAGAACCUAUCGACCGGUCCCUUAUCCAGUGCCCUGGCAAGACAGGCUGGAAACAGCAGCGAAUGCAUAGUGUCUCAUUGUAUAUAAAGGAGUGCCUGUAAUAGUAAUAGCUGGAUGCUGAUGUAAAAAAACAGUAAAUUCCCCUUUUCAAAACUUAAUCAAAACAAAGCUCAAGUUUUGGAAACGAUAUUUUCACGCCUCUUCUUUGAAGACAAUGAGCAAUCUAUGUCUAAAAAACUGAAAGAGGAAAACGAGUCAAUUUCAAGAACAAUGCAUCCAUAAGUGCUUGUGCUCUUCGCCAGUUUGUGGUUGCAGAUGCUGGCCUCUGUGAUUUGAAUAUUGGUGUGUGAUAAACCCUUCUUAAUCUUUGAAAUAAAAUUAAAGAUGAUGCAAUAGAA